AUGCUUUGCGAUGUCUAUCUCUUUGUCUUCGACAUGACCCAGUUCUACGCGAGCAGCGGUCAUGCCUACGGCAGCAUGCUGCUCUCUGCCUGUUUCCCCCUGCACAGGGGACGUAUGGCAGGGAUCCAACUGGGAUUGAUCCUGCAAUGGUUCUUCUCAGGUGUUGGAAAGAUUGGGCCCUGGUUUGAGUAUGUCAACGGGCCCUUCAUGCUGCAGUCAAGGCUGUUGCGUGGACAGAAUUGGCUGCGGCGACUCUUGAUCGAGUCAGAUGAGACGAUGAAGCCGACCCGAAGUGCUAAAGUCUUGGCGCACACCGCAGCUGCAGCGGAGUAUGUGGCACCAGUCCUCUUGAUGAUUCCGAAUGACUUGGCCAUUUGGACGGGCUUUUGGUUGCUUGUGGCCAUGCAUAUCUACAUUUUGCUGAUGCCCGCGCCCUUUGACGUCUACUCCUGGAACCUGUGUUUUUGCCUCAACGGAAUCUAUCUCUUCUACUUGGGCCAUUUCGGCUUUGAUUUCCAAAGCCUCUCUGAGAUGAGUGGAUACCUGAUCGCGUUCUUCAUCAUGGAGCUGCUGGUAUGCUGCUACGGCAACAUUUGGCCCGACCAGGUCGGCUACUACCUGAGCCACCGCUACUGGGCGGGCAACUGGGUCCAGUCCUUCUUCUUUGUCAAGAAGACGCAAAGGGUGAAGGACAAGUUGGAGAUUGUUGGACAGUCGAAAGGCAUUGGGAAUCCCUUGUUCUUGGAGGAAGCGCCCUAUUUGCAGGUCUGCUUGGGAUACCUGAGCUUCGCCUACUUGUGGUUGGCCACCUUCAACAUGAAAUGUAUUGCACGCCUCAUCGAGGACUUCUUGCAGGUCAGUGGGACGAAGAGUGUGGAUGAGUGGCAGAUGUUGAAGCUCACGGGUUGGCUCUGCGGAGAGUUCCGCGAUGAGUUGUAUGCUGAGAAGGAGUGCAAGUUCGAUGAAGGUGAGGCAUAUUUGAUCCGCGUGGGCGCCUUCGGGAUGUUUGGGCACACCGCCACCUGGAGGAUCUACGACUUGCGGAAAGGAGUGGUGCGAGAAGGUACCAUGAGUGUGCAGAUGAUGCGGAGUAUUGAUGGAAAGCCUACUGAUGCCUGUGAGCUCAUGAUGGCGUGA